CUGUCACAUCAGUAAUAUUUUCGAAAAUAAUCGGAUGUAAUAAAAAUCACUUUUGUUAACUCUAUUCUAUAGUGGGCUUAUGUUCAAUAGUGUGCUCACGGAAAUCGCGCUUUAGUGCAUCACCUCAUAGGAGGAGCUGCCAAAUACCCCCGACCCCCCCUUUUGUGCGAUUCAUUGGCAGCAUCACCCGUUGCCUGCAAUGGCGCUGUAGCGGGGCAGACCAUGGGCAGACCCUGGCUAGUGUGUCAAGAUGUUUAGAAAGGGCGACUCUGGUCUGGGCUGUUUACCAUCCUGGGAUGGGAUAUCAUUGUCAAAUCCAUCUAGGACUUAAGUAUGCAUGCAUUUCAGUGGACUACUGUGUGUUUGUUUAUUCGCACCACGAAGCUGCAGCAAUACAUGAUUGAACGGGACCCAAUGGAAGCCGAGUGCCACUGGGAUUAGAUUUGCCAGUACCGCAGUAGGUCACGCCAGACAACUUACUUCCAUGUUCUAAUCAGGCCACUGCUAUGUUGAAAUCCCCUCUGGCUCUCAAGGCGACAUCAUGCUGAAGACAGAGGCUUCCGGGGAGAGGACCACCCUGCGGAGUGCCUCUCCCCAUCGCAACGCCUACCGCGCCGAGUUCCAGGCCCUUAAGAAGGCCUUCGACCAGCCCCUCAUUGAUGGCGGCUCCAAGCCCAAGGGCCCCGAGCGGCCCAAGCAACCCCGGGGCCGCCAGUACGGCGCCCACGUCAGCCGCAUCAAGGACAUGUUCAUGCAGAUGGGCACCGAGCCCCCCGGGGCUAAGACCCGGGACGAGCUCUCUCCCCAGAAGACGGCCCAGCCCGGCAACUCCGUCAACAAGGCCGACGGCUUGGUGCUGAAGCUCCAGCACUCGCUGUCGGCCGAGCGGAUCGGCGCCGCGGGAGCCAAGUUCUCCGAGACCAGGAUGCGGUUCGAGCAGCAGUCCCGCGACCAGUCGCAAUCGCCCGUCUACCCCCACGGGCGGGACAAGAGGGGGUCCCACGAGCACCUGGACGACUGGCGGGGCAGCAGAUCAAACCGAGGCAGUACGGACUCGUUGGACUCCCUGUGCUCCCGGGCGGAGGCGUCCUCGCCCACCGUCAGCCAGCUCAGCGCCGUCUUUGAGAACGCAGACCAACAGUCGGACCGACAGGGCGCGCACCACAGAGGCGUCAGCAGGCGGGCCCUCUACUCCCCGGACGGGAACCACCGGGGCCACGGAGGGGACCUCAGCGAGGACGACUCCCGCCAGUCCCCCGUCCGCGGUUCCCGUCGUAACCGGAAAGGGGGCAAGCUCCCCGCGUCCGCGUCCGCCGAGGACCUCCUCUGCCCGAGUCCUCAGGCGGAGCCCGUAACAGGCUCCCCGCAGAGGUCGGACACGCUCGGCCAGGCUGCAGACGGCCCCGGCGACAGAGGGCGAGGCGUGUCGGCCGCACAGACCAACGGAGGUCAGGUCAACGGAUCGUGCGGUGAGGAGGACAAAGAUUCCGGAAGGAAAAACCUGGAGGAAGACAUCCUGUCCAAUUCUUUAGCGAAUGCGCUUGACGCAGAGGACAGCCGAGACUCUGGGGCCCCGUUGAAGGACGGCCCGGACGCUCCCGGAGGAGAGAAGGUUCGAGACAGCGGCAAAGAGCCAGCGGACGGCCGCGACGAGGACUACGCGGGGAACGAGCGUAUCAUUUUUAACGCAGACGGAGACGCCUGCUACCAGGGCUGGGGGGAGAGCUGCACGGACCCAGAGGACGACUUCUACGGAGACGACGACGACACCGUCUACGACCCGGGUGCUGAGCUCACGGAGAUCCCCGGUCUGCCGGAAGAAAACCAGGAAGACGUCCCUCCGAAGAGGAAGAUCUGCUUCAGCACGGCUCCUAUGACGGUGUUCAACACCUACGCCAACGAGGACUACGACCGGCGCAACGAGGAGGUGGACCCCGUGGCCUCGUCGGCCGAGUACGAGCUGGAGAAGAGGGUGGAGAAGCUGGAGCUCUUCCCCGUGGAGCUGGAGAAAGACGACGACGGCCUGGGCAUCAGCAUCAUCGGGAUGGGGGUGGGCGCCGACGCCGGGCUGGAGAAGCUGGGCAUCUUCGUGAAGACCGUCAUCGAGGGCGGGGCCGCCGAGCGCGACGGCAGGAUCAAGGUGAACGACCAGAUUGUGGAGGUGGAUGGGACCAGUCUGGUCGGGGUGACGCAGAGCUUCGCAGCCACCGUUCUCAGGAACACGUCGGGAGUGGUCCGUAUUAAGUAUAAAUCUCUGGAUCCUAACGGCGGCCCUCGCUCUCCUUCUCUGCUCUCUGUCCCACAGCAGACGGGCGAGUACGCCACGGACGAGGAGGACGGCGGGCCGCCGGGGGGGUCCGGCGGAGACAAGAGCAUCGAGGUGUUCGACCUCCCUGAGAACGAGGACGUCCUCACCCCCUCCGAGGUGGACGCCGGAAAACUCUACCAGAAGUUCAGAGAGCUGCAGAUCAAACACACAGUCACCGAGGCCGAGAUCCAGAAACUGAAGAACAAGCUGGCGUCGGUGGAGCGGGAGAAGCAGCGCUGGGAGAAGGAGAAGAGCCAGCUGAAGGCCAGCAUCGAGGAGAACAAGGAGAGGAUGAUGAAGCUGGAGGGCUACUGGAUCGAGGCGCAGACCCUCUGCCACACGGUCAACGAGCACCUGAAGGAGGCCCAGGCGCAGUACCAGACCCUGGAGAAGAAGUACAACAAGGCCAAGAAGCUCAUCAAGGACUACCAGCAAAAGGAGGUGGAGCUGGUCCAGAAGGAGGAUGCUGAGAGGAAGAGGCUGGAGGAGGCAGAGGAGGCCCACCUGGCGGAGAUCCAGAGCCUGCAAGUCAGGAUUGCGACGUUGGAGUCGGAGCUGAUGCAGCUGAUGAAGCAGAACGGCAUCCAGGUCAACAACAACAACAGUAACAGCAACAGCAACAACAGCAGUCGCAGUAACAGUAGCGCCGCCGCCGACAGGUCCCGCCCCCAGCAGCAGCCAGGGUUGGAUUCUCCCAGUAGAAAGCCGACCCACGGCGGUCGGGUGCGAGGCAGCAUCAGCUCUACCGAGGGAGAGGUGUCAGAGAGUACAACAGGAAGUCCCGCCCAUAGCCGGAGCGGUUCGGUGCGCAGCGCGGCGUCCUUCGACGGCGCGGGACUCAGGAAUCCCGGCAGCACUGAGGGUUCGCCGAGACGUUCACUGCUGCCGCAGGGAACCAAUCAGGACGGGUGCCAGUCUCACAUGGUGUCUGGAGCGGCUGGCAGUGGGGAGGAGAGCCCCAACAGACAGGCCCCGGGGCCCGGAGUCUCGCUACGGCAAAGCAGAACCAAGGAUCCCCGGGCAUCGCCGGGAAACAGUUCCAAGGAGCCCUCGGCGGAGGACAGUCCAGAGAAACUCACGGCCAAGAACUUUUUAACCUGGCCCCACUUCUUCUCCUAUUCAUAUUAUUUGGGUCCGGCCCUCAGCGCCGACAGCAGCAGCAGCAGCUCGGUGGAGAUCAGCAGCCUGCUGAACGAGGCCAAGAUGUCGGAGCGCUCCCAGGCGCCGGCCCUCUCUUCAGACGAGAGCUUGGAUAUGAUAGAGGAUGAGAUCCUAGACGAGGCCCAGUUCCCCAGGCAGCACCAGGGGCCGAACCUCAGCGUGACAGAGUGGACCCCCCAGCAGGUGGCCCGCUGGCUCAUCGGACUCCACCUGGAACUCCAUGUCCCAGAAUUCACUGCCAAAAACGUGGACGGGGAGCGCCUCCUGCAGAUGGAGAGCAACGAGCUGAAGGCCCUGGGCGUGUCGUCGUCCCAGGACCGGGGGCUGCUGAAGAAGAAGAUCAAGGAGCUGAAGGUGCUGCAGGACAAGACCCGGAGGAACCGGGAAAAGCUGGAGAGGCAGCGCGACAAGCUCCGCCAGAGAGAGCAGGAGCAGCAGAGACAGAGCCAGGACGAGCCCUAGGACGAGCCCUAGGCGCCCCGGGGGAGCCCGGCACCUCCCCCUACUGUCGUUCUUAUCACGCUCCCCGCACCCAGUAGCACCUCGAGACCCCUGGACAUCGCCAAGGACCCCCAUGUCCUCAGUGGGGUGCCCUUAAAGAUGCCCGAUGCUGCUCAAAUAUUCCACAUGGCUCAGUGGUGGUGGUGGUGGUGGUGGUGGUGAAGGUGAAGGUGGUGGUGGUGGGCCACAGUGAGACCACCAGCUGGCUGUUGGGCGGUGUGUUUUAUUUUUUUUCAGAGUAGAAAACCAAAAAAAGGUGCUCACACUGUUGAUAGGUCGCUGCCCCCCUACCCGCCCGUCCUUCUCCCCAGCCGUCACCCCCCCCACCAACGCUAUUUCUGUAUUACGGUUUCAACAUCUGCUCAGAUCUAUAUUUAUUUAGACAUUUAUUGCUGUACGUGUAUUUAUUCAUAUUCAUGGUUAGAUGGCGAGAGGGUUGAACAUGACCUCCGCAUCCACCCAGAACAUAUCUUUUAGCUUCUUUCUUAUUUAGAGCCAUCUGUAAUAGCCAUAUUAAUGGAUGUGUACGAUAGUGUCCCUUACAAGUGGCAUUGUACAUAUACAGCGAUGAAUAUAGAUGCAGAUAUCUCUAGUGUGCCAUCAUGUGACAGGCAGAAUUAUAUACAGUAAUAUAUCCUGUCUGGAGGCGUCCCUUGGGAAGUAACUGACAGCUGUGAUGAAGAACACGAGCACUCACACAAACUCUGUGGGGGGACAGAGAGAUCAUAUGGGCCAUUAAACACGUCCACCACUAGAUGUCGCCAGUGCUGCUUCCUCUCGUUGCUGCUGAAUCUGAACACUGGAAUCCAUGCAAGUGGGGCCUGACUGAGAGAAAACAGAUCUCUAUGGACCCCACCUCUGACUACACUGGAAAAGUCCACAUCACUGGAAAGUCGUCGAUGGACUUGUGUGAAACUGACUCUGUAUAUUGUUCUUUAAGUGUUAUAAAAGCAAUUUCCCCGACAAAAAUAUGAAAAUGACAGGAAAGAACCGCCAGAACUCAAAAGGAUGUCCAGGACGGGAAUGGAGACUGUGGUAGUGUACGAUGUACAGUAAAGACGACAUAAUAACCCACAUAGUCAUGCCGCCAUGAUUACAAAGUGAAACCUCGUACUUAUAUGCAUACCGUUCUGACGCCGUCUGUAAUCUGCUUUCGACCUCCUUUUUAUAUGAUCAAAACAACAGAUGAUUACUACCCAGCUGCUGCCUUUGGGAAAUCAUAGAUGAGUAUUAUCUCUAUUCACUUCUAAAUAGUGUUUCAAUCCGAAGAUUGAUCAUCCGAAUCAUUUUACGAAAUCCAUUUAUUAUUGAUCUAAUUUAAACAAGACAAAUUGAAUCACACACAUACAAAUCACUGUUUCAUUACCUUUCUUUUGACACCUGUGAUCCUGAGAAUAUGUGAAUGAAUAUCCAAGAAUGCUAUACCUUAAUAUUAAUGCUUUUGUUUUUUGUCUUUCUUGUUAACAUAUUUAAACAAAACUGAUAUUCUGGAAGAAAGAUGACUGGAGCUGUAGUUUUGAAUAAUUCAUCACAGAUGAAGGAAGUGAUAGAAGUUGCACUAGUGAGAUACAAUAGGACAUAUUUUAGUGAUGGCUCAACAUUCAUCGUUUACACUUGUCUGUUUGAAAGUUGGAAAGUAUUUUUUGAGCUCUACAUCCACUCAAUGCAACAAAAGGUAGCUACUGUACCAUUCUGAAUGAAACAGUUAUUAUUUAUUUAUGUAUUUUAUGAACCAUCUUGACUAUUGUUUAUGCUACAGUAAGUUAUGCAAGAAAUAGAGUAUUAUUAACACCAUCUAAUGAUUUAUGCACAGUUGUGUUUUUCUUUCUUUCUUGGCCAAAAAAGAUUUUAUGUUAGAAGAUAAAAUAUACUUUUUUUUAUAGAUAUUAGUGGAUAAUCAUCAACAAUGUGACUUGAGAUCAUGAUUCAACGUUAAUAUGUCAUCCCAUUUUAAAAAUUGCAAAAAAAUAAGAAAAUCCUA